AUGUGGAGUGAUUUGAAUAAGAAUUACUCAGAGAUUACUGAGUUUAUUCUGCUGGGAUUUAGAACUGCUCCCAAGCUCCAGAUCCUCUUGUUCUUUGUCUUCUUAGUCAUCUACGUAGCCAUUGUGGUGGGCAAUGUCAGCAUGGUGCUGGUCAUUUCUAGGGACUACAAGCUGCAAACACCUAUGUACUUCUUCCUGAGAAAUUUGUCCUAUCUGGAUCUCUGCUAUUCCACAGUCAUUGCUCCCAAAACCCUAGCCAACUUUUUGAGUACUGAAAAGAAAAUUUCCUACAAUGGUUGUGCUACUCAAUUUUUCUUUUUUGCUCUGUUUGUCACUACGGAAGGUUUCCUUCUGUCUGUAAUGGCAUUUGAUCGCUUCUCAGCCAUUUGCUCUCCUCUCCUUUACCCUAUAAACAUGUCCCAGAAAGUCUGUGUUCAGUUGGUAACUGGAUCCUACAUUGGUGGGUGCAUCAACUCCAUGGUACAGACUGGUUUCACUUUCAGCUUGAGUUUCUGUGGGGAAAACAGACUGGACCACUUCUUCUGUGAUGUUCCAGCCCUGAUCAAGCUCUCAUGUGCUGACACCUUUGUGAAUGAGAUUGUGCUGUUCAUUCUCUCUGCUUUCAUCAUCAUCUCCACCAUCACAGUCAUCGUGGUGUCUUAUGGGUACAUCCUGUCCACUGUCCUGAAGAUCCCCUCUACCCAUGGCAGGAGAAAGACCUUCUCCACCUGUGGCUCCCACAUAGCCGUGGUGAGCAUCUUCUACGGAACUGUCUUCUUCAUGUAUGCCCAGCCUGGGGCCCUGUCCUCACCAGAACAAAGCAAGAUUGUAGCUGUGUUCUACACACUUAUAAUACCAAUGCUGAACCCUCUGAUCUACAGUCUGAGGAACAGAGAUGUAAAAGAUGCUGUGAAAAGAGUCAUAUGUGGGAAAUGGUCCUCUCAGUGA